UCAACCAACCUCCAACUCAUAUUGCACAAAAAUCUAAUUUUGAGAGAGUGUGUUGUUUGCGUAGCAUAGCAAUUAGCAUAAAUGAAAUUAUACGAAAAAAAUAAUAUAAAAUGGUUGAAUUGAAUCUACUACUACUACUACUACUACUUUAAUUACGCGGCUUUCAUUCAGAGUCACCGCUCUUUCUCAUUCAUUCAUAGUAACUUCAGAUCUCUGAGAUCUAUCAAUCUGGUCUGAAGUCUCAUUGCUGUUAUCAUGUCGAGGAGGCCAGUGAAUCCUUCACGUCGGUUAGGUGAUGGAGGAAGUAUACCAUUUGUGGCCUCUAUACAGUCUAAAUCUCAAAACUCUCCCCUGAUAUCUAUUGGGCUUGUUAUUGUGGGUGCGAUUCUUCUGAUUGGUUAUUGUUACAGCAGUUCAGGUGGAGCUAGCAAUGAUAUUAAGGAUCUGAGUAAACUUGAAGGUGCUUCAUCAUGUACAUUAGAGCUACUACAAGCAUUGCCCAUUUUGAAGAAAGCAUACGGAGACAGCAUGCAUAAGGUUUUGCACGUUGGCCCUGACUCUUGUUCUGUGGUAUCUAGUUUGUUAGUAGAAGACGAUACCGAGGCUUGGGGAAUCGAACCAUACGAAUUAGAUGACGUAGGUGCAAAGUGCAAAAGUCUUGUACGCAAGGGCAUUGUGCGUGUGGCUGACUUAAAGUUUCCUCUACCUUACCGCGCAAAGUCAUUUCCUCUUGUCAUUGUGUCCGAUGCAUUGGAUUACUUAUCUCCAAAAUACCUGAACAAAACCCUGCCAGAGUUGGUGAGGGUAUCUGCCGAUGGUGUUGUUAUCUUUUCAGGUUAUCCUGGUCAACAGAGAGCUAGAGGCGGAGAAGUAGCCAAAUUUGGUCGUCCAGCCAAAUUGCGGAGCUCAUCUUGGUGGAUAAGGUUUUUUGUUCAAACAAGUUUAGAAGAAAAUGAAACUGCUGGAAAGAAAUUUGAACAGGCUUCAGCCAAGAAGGCAUACGCACCCGCUUGCCAAGUUUUCCACCUUAAAUCAUACCCCUGAAAUUUUUACUGUCUUGUUUUUAAACUUGACUUGUUGGUAAAAAAACAUACUGAUGAUUCUGGCACCUUGAGCACCCGAAGGGUAAAAUUUCCAUACAUACAUGUUAUGUUGAAAGUAUAGUCGUGUUUGUUCCGAUCUUGACAAGAUAUUAGGUUAAGUUAUGAACUAUUAUUGGCAUUACAUUUGUAAACUAUUUUGUCAUGAUAGUUUUUCAUAUGUUUUUCACAGCAGCCCUCUGUUUCUAUAGUAUGUAUUAAUUUAGGAAAUUUACUAUUUUGACACUCUGGAUGAUUUCUACAAUUCAUUGUUACUUUAUUUGAGGCACCUAAUAUUAUUAUAAAUCUCUUGUUUUGUUGCUUCUAAA